AAGCCAACGAAUAAAGACUUAGAGCAAAUCGCCAUAUUAUUAUCAUUUUUAAUAUUUAUUGUGUAUAAUUUUUUGUGUAUUUUGUGCUAAAUUUUAACCAUUUUUUAGAUAGGGACCAGCAACCAGAUUCCAGCUGCGCUCCACUAUAGUUUGUUAAUCUGUGUGCAGGCCAAAAGAGCCGUUAUUUGUAGGCGAUCUAUACAUCUAAUGAUGUAUAACUACAUCACAUAGCUCACUAUAGUUUUUGAGCGGCAAACCCAACCAAUUCUAGCUGAACUAUAACACACGCACAAUACACAUCUAGGUCAGUCAGAGGUGGAAAAUCGAGAUAAGCAAUACGCAAAACUCCAGUCGGCAGAAGUCUGUGUUAUCACUCACAGCGAUAUGAUUCGCUGAGUUAUCACCUACAACGUUAUCACUCCGUCAGUGUAUCGCCGCCGAAUCGCCGAACCACCAUCAGUUACGACUGUUACGAGUUUACGACAAUACGACUGACGAGUGACGACUGUCUGGACUCGAGGGCCUCAUAUAGCCGACAGGCACACUUUGUACUUACUAGUUUCAAGUUACUAGUUAGUAGUUAUUGCCGAGUGCUUCGUUGACGGCCACCGGUGACAUAGGAACCUACUACUGAACGACAAUCGGCGGAAAUUCCUUUGUUUUUUACCAGCACCAACGAUGAACUAUUUUCCUGUUACUUUUGUUCUGAUGGCGGUCACCGAGACGCUGCUAGCAGCUGUCUUGUCUGGCGUUGGUCACUUGACCGACGGUCAGGAAAUUGAAGAAAACCUAAUCAUUUCUAGGCGCAGGGCAAUCUCUGAACAUGACCACCGGACUGACUCUGCUUAUGCCGGAAUCUUGGGUGAAGAGGAUGAAUUAGAAGAUAUAAAACAUUUAGAACCAUCGGAGAUAAAAUCACGGAUGACCAUUAUACUCGAAAGUAUGGAUAUAAAUAAAAAUGGUUUGAUUGAAAAAAAAGAACUGUUAGAAAAAUUAUUGGAUUCUUAUCGGAAAUUAUCAACUGAAGAAUCUGAUGCGGAAUUCCUAACUAGUGAUCUUGAUGAAAACAGCUAUAUUACAUGGAAGGAAUAUGUUGGUGACACUUAUGGUUCAAGUGAACAUUUUGAUGAUGAAAUGACAGAAGAUGAAAAACAAUUAUUUUUGGCUGCUGAUGUUGAUAAGGACGGUCAUUUAAGUAAAGAAGAAUUUCGCUAUUUUUAUACUCCCGAAGAUUACUCCCACAUGCAACCUGCAGUAUUGCGUGGUGUAAUGAAUCGAUUUGACAGUGAUAAAGACGGAAAAAUUACAUUUGAUGAGUUUAUAGGAGAUAGAAGAGCAGAACACUCUGAAGAAUGGCUUCAGGAAGAAAAAUCCAAGUUUAUUGUAGAACUCGAUGUUAAUAAAGACGGAGUAUUAGAUGAAGGUGAAGUGCAUAAUUGGGCAUCACCAAACAAUAACAUGAUUGCAGAAAGUGAAGCAGAAAAUUUAAUUUUGAAAGCAGACAAGAACCAAGACGGCGUACUAAGCUUUAACGAAGUAUUGGACAACUAUUAUACAUUUAUUUCUCCAGAAAGUGAGGGAUAUUACAUAUUUAGAGAUGAAUUAUAA